AUGGAUCCCAGCGGCGCCGCUACGACGACCGCACCUCCCGCGCCGAAGCAGCCCGGCAGCGAUGUCAAGCCCCGCCUCACCAAAGAUCAGCAUGACAUCCUCGAACAGCACUUCCUCGCCCAACACAAGCCCAGCACCAAUGUCAAGAAGGAAUUCGCUACCCGCCUCGGCAACUGGUUCCAGAACCGCCGCGCAAAGGUCAAGCAGGACCGCAAGAAGCUCAUGAACCAAUACAACAUGACCAUGAACUUGCCCUUUGCCCACCAGCACGCGCCCGUCAUGCCCAACCACUACCCCCAUCCCCAGGACCAGCAAAACCCCCACAUGCUCAUGCAGCCAGACUUUUAUUCCACAGCAGACAUCAGCCCUGCAACCAUGCCCGUCCAGGUUGGCGAAGGUCCCUCGGCACUUGAUCUGAACCCCCACAUGUCGCAGCAGCACCAGCAGCACCAGCAUCAACACCAGCAUCAACACCAGCACCAACCCCAACAGCAGCCCCAGCAACAACAGCAAUACGACAUGUUCCGCUGCAUGCCAGAGGUUGAUCGCGCACCAGCCUAUCGUCCCAACGACCUUAUGAACUCCAUCAUGGCUGCCACCAACGGUGCCUACAUGCACGAGAGCGGCCUGCCUGCCGAUGCUCAACAGUCCGACUUUACCUUUGAUACCUCUGGUCUGUCCAGUGCCUACUCCAGUGACCUUGCCUUUACCGUGUCUGCUCCCAUGUCUGGCGACCUAGCCCCCUCACACCCCGAGUUUGACAACUUUGCCGACUUCCAGGUCGACUACUCCGCACUGACGGCUACUGAUACCAGCAACUCGAGCGCGCCAGAAGCUCAACAAAGCACAGGGUCCAUCUCAUCAGGCGCUUCGCCCUACAACGGCACCCAGUCUUCAGCCACGACCCAGUCUCCAAACGGUCCCACUCCCCCUUCCAUUGCCUCGUUGAACUCCGUCUACACCGGCUGGACAGAGGACCCCAACCAGCUGGCGCAACCCAAGCACGCCGACGAACCAGAGGACCAGUUCGCGCCCUACAACCUUGGUCAGGCAUCCGCCUCGGAGCAGACGCUUCCUUUCUGGCCUCAGGAUGGCUCGAGCCAAAUGUUCCCACAGCACGGUCUCUACCAACAGCUAAACUCGUCUUCACAUGCCAUCAUGACCACACCAGAGCAAGCGCGGAGGCUCAGUGCUGCGCCUUCUGAUCUCGACAUCCCCAUGCACUUUCGUGAAGAUGCCUUUGGCCGCAGAAACUCGUCCACAAGCAAUCUCGCCACUAACAUGGAUGCGAUACACAUCAGGAAUAGCACCCCAGAUGAGUUCUCGCUUCCCGACCAGUCGUCGAGCAUCGCAGCAAGGCGGCAGAAGCGUCCAAUCAACCUCAGCUCGACGGCAAUGCGCAGCGCCUCGUACUCUGCCCCCAUGCCCUCGCCAGGAGGCAACAACGACAAGGUCAUUCGCAGGAUUCGCUCAACGGGCAUUGGAAAUGCUGGAGGCCGUGUACAAAAGUCACAGCCCGGCUCAGCACAACGCUCUCCCAUGGCCAUGAGCUUCUCCGAGGCUGCGGCGUCACCAAAGUUUGCGCGAACAUUCUCCACCUCGAGCACCACUACCAUAGGCCAAGGCGGCAGUCUGGCACCCCCGACUCCGCUGACUCCACAGGAUUUUGGCAACUACUGGGGCGGUGCAGCGGUAAUCAGGCCACAUUCGGCCAUGCCUGAUCACAACAGUCCAGAGAGCAUGCACACAAAUUGGUCCUCGGAUCAGGCUGGAAACGUCAUUGCCAAGACUACUUCGCCGCCCUCAUCCUCCAUGGACCUGCAAUCUCGCUUCGUCAACGACGCGCUCUAUCGCGACACACCGCCGCAAUCAGCACCAGCGACUCAGCAAUAUUUUCACAGGGCACCAUACGCGCAGCCGCCCCAAAUACGAGCAGGUUUUCGUUCCACUACUGAUCUUACGAUUCAACAACCCAAGCCCUCGCAUUUCAGGAGACCUUCGUUACCCGACUCUACCCAAAACCAACCCGAUGACGGCAAUCUACAAUACAUGCCUGGUGGCAACAUGAACUAUGAAGACCUUUCACUGAGCGGUAUCCACCACAAUGUCCCCUUUGCGCCUCAAGUCUCUGCCAUGCCGGAUUUUUUAGUACAUCAGUACAACCCACCUCAGGGCACCAACCCUGCCCAAGGGAAUUUUAUGCGACGGCCCAAUGAACCUCAACCCAAAAGCUACAUUUUUGCCAACCAAGGACCGGGAGAUUUUGGAGCACAAUAA